AUGAGAAUCCAGAGCUCCCUCCUCUUGGUAGUCCUCCUGGCUUUCGAGACCCAGCUGCCUGUGGCCCGGUGUAGGAAUAAGGGAGAAAAAUGGGGGGGCUGCCCACCAGACGACGGGCCUUGCCUCCAGGUGACACCGGAUCAGUGCAUGAAUGACCGCCAGUGCCCCUCAUCUAUGAAGUGCUGCUCCAGAGCCUGCUUCCGCCAGUGUGUCCCUAGGGUCACAGUGAAGCUGGGCAAGUGCCCCCUGGAUCAACUCCACUGCCUCAGUCCUAUAAAGCACAUGUGUAACCAAGACUCGAACUGCUCAGGCAAGAAGCGGUGUUGCCUCAGUGCCUGCGGCCGGGACUGCCGAGACCCCAGCAAAGGUACCGUUCCUGGGGGCCAUGACAGGGCCUUCCUCUCCAGCCUAGCUCUGGGAUGCCCUUCCAGGCCCCCAUCCAUCCCAGGCAAGAAUAGAAACCACCGCCUCCGGCCGCCCGCGGCCUCCCUCCCUCCCCCGGCAGCGAUCGAUGCGGCCUCAGCCGCGGGGGACGGGAACACAGGAAAGGAGGGGGCCGCGGGGCCUCCGCAGUAG